GACCGGACCGGACCAGACCAGGGGAGUUAUUUGACGAGGGAGUAGAGAGUACGUUCCUACCCAAGGGCCUCCGUUCGACCAGGUCCGGAGCGGAAAAGCUAUUCUUUUGGUGUAUCGUCUCUCCCACACGAUGAUGACGCAUUGAGAUUUGAGGAGGGUUUGCGGUUGUAUCUUCCGUCUGUUCUCACGCCUUCCUUUCUCCCCCUCUUCUCUUUCUCUCCCCCUUGUAUUAUAUAAUUGAAGCCCUAAUUUCCCAAAAUUUCUCAUAGUUCAAUUCAAGACGCCCUCCUCAGCCCUAAAAUUUCUUAGCCUCUCUCUCUCUCUCUCUCUCUCUCUCUCUCUCUCUCCCUCUCUCCCCCCGCCUUGUUGUCUACUAAUCCCGCUCGAUCGAUCGAUCGAUCGUCAAGAUUUGAGUUUUUGACUGGAAUUGCUAAACGAUGACCCGUCAAUCUCCAGCAUCUCCUCAAGGGAAUAGUAGUACUAGUAAUAGUAAUGGCGGCAAUAAGGGAUCCGUGGGGGCGUUGGUGAUCUACCAUGGAGAUACUUGUCUCGGCGAGGUUGAGGUAUUUCCGAUUAAAAACCAGCACAGCCUUUUCCCAAACAAUCUUCUUCUUAUUAGCAGCAGUAGUAGUAGUAGUAAUAAUAAUAAGAUAUUAAGGAUUAGUCACCUGUCUCCUCCUGGGGACCGACUGCCUCCCCUCUCAGUCCUCCAAACAAUAUCAUCCCCUUCCUCCGUCAGAUGCAAAAUCCAGGCCAAAUCGCCCACCCCGGAUUCUCCCAUCAAUCUCCUCCACUCUACUUGCUUCGAUAAAUUCAGGUCCGCAGUUGUGUUGAAUGGAUCUGAAGAACUGCAUUUAGUCGCGAUGCGGAGCCAUUUGGACAAUACUCUACCAUGCUUCUGGUGCUUCUCGGUCCACCCUGGUCUCUAUGACCCCUGUUUGAGGAUGCUCAAUCUUAGGUGCCUUUCUAUUGUGUUUGAUCUCGACGAGACCCUUAUUGUCGCCAACACCAUGAAAUCUUUUGAGGACAGGAUUGAGACACUCUCCCGCAGAAUUGAUGCCGAGGAUGACCCUUUCAGGAUUUCUGGAAUGUCAGCAGAGAUCAAGCGGUAUAUAGAGGACAAGAACAUGUUGAAACAGUUCAUAGAGAAUGAUACUGUCCUUCUGGACAAUGGCAAGUCUGUCUCUGCGCUGAGCGAGCAAGUCCCAGUGCUCCCUGGCAGCCAGGACCCCCUCCUUCGUCCAGUUAUAAGGUUGAUGCACCGCAACAUUGUCCUCACUCGAAUUAACCCUGAGAUUCGAGACACCAGUGUGUUUGUUAGACUACGACCUGCUUGGGAGGAUCUGAGGAGCUAUCUAACUGCUAAAGGGCGUAAACGGUUUGAAGUUUAUGUUUGUACAAUGGCUGAAAGAGACUAUGCGCUGGAGAUGUGGAGGCUUCUUGACCCAGAAACUCAUCUGAUCAGCUCAAGCCAACUCUUGGAUCGUGUUGUAUGUGUAAAACCAGGUUCUCGGAAAUCACUGGAACAUGUUUUCAAAGAUGGAAUUUGUCAUCCAAAGAUGGCUAUGGUGAUUGAUGACCGCUUGCAGGUUUGGGAGGACAGGGAUCAGCCUCGAGUUCAUGUUGUCCCUGCAUUUACACCAUAUUAUGCCCCUCAGGCAGAGAUGGCAAAUGCUGUUCCUGUCUUGUGUGUUGCAAGAAAUGUUGCUUGCAAUGUUAGAGGUGGAUUUUUCAAAGAAUUCGAUGAUGAUUGGAUGAGAAGGAUAUGUGCACUAUAUUAUGAAAAUGAGGUUUCUGAUUUACCUACUUCUCCAGAUGUGAGUGACUACUUGAUGUCAGAGGACACUAAUGCUAUACUGAGCAGCAACAGAGAUAUUUCCGUAGUAGAGGGUAUGACGGGUCCUGAAGCUGCAGAAAAAUUGAAUCAAGCAAGAUGUCUUGGAGAGGGAAGGCAUAUACGAGACCAAGCACAGACCACACCUUUUUCCUUAGCAGAUGAUUCGUCACAAAAUGGAGCAUCCGUCAACAAUAUAGGAUCAUCAAAUAUGUUUCCAUCAUUAUUUGUUGCAGUGUUGCAAGAAAUUGGACGGAGGUGUGAGUCGAAGGUAGAGUUCAAGCCUAUUAUUGCAAGCAGUAAGGACCCCGACUUCUCAGUUGAGGUAUUGUUUAGCAGUGAGAGGAUUGGAAUUGGAAUGGGCAAAACAAGAAAAGAGGCUCAACUCCAAGCUGCUGAGAAUGCUCUACGCAAUUUGGAGAGCAACUAUAUAUCAUUCAUUCUACCUACCAACAGGGACGUGAACAGAGAAAAGGAUAAGCUUUCUGUAAGAAACAAAAAUGGAUUUUUAGAAGAUCUAAUAGAUACUGCAUCAGAUGAGCCGCCUGAGCAAGGGUACUUGCAUGGUGCAAGUACAUCAGAGCACUUGGGUCAGCACUAUUACACUUCAGAACGAUUGUCCUCUGUCCUUUGCAGUAUUAAAGAACUAUGCAUGGAGGGUCAAAGCCUUGUUUUCCAAGAUCAAGCCCCUGCAUCUGUGACAUUAGAUAAAGGAGAAUACUAUUUCCAGGUUGAAUUGUCAGGUCAUGUUCUAGGGAAAGGAAUUGCUGCAAGCAGGGAUGAGGCCAAGUUUCAGGCGGCGCAGGCAGCACUGAAUAACUUGAAGAAUGCUGUUGGUACUAUGGAGUAGAAGUGUGCAAAUCUGGCAAGGUCAGACCAAAUGCGCUCAGAAUAAAUGCACCAAGCAAGGAAUUUUGCAAGUUCAACAUAAUCUAUCUCUUGAUAAAUGACGGGAAUCUGCAUCCUAGCGAGUUUGGUUCGCAUAAAAGAACCUGCCUUCUUUUUGGUGUGCCUGUUUUGAUCGUUAAGGUGUGUAAACGUUUUUAGUUGGCCUAAGUAAACUGCUGCUAACUAGCGUGAUGUCGCACAUUUUUCAUGCUCGUGUUGGAUUUGGUGUGUGAGCAUGUUAAGUGGGUGAGCAUCUUAACUGGGCUAAGUAAACUGUUAUUAAGUAGCGUCAUCUUGCAUAUGACCCUUCUGUGGCAGUCUAAUUGGAUGACAUCAUACCAUGAGCUUGUGCCUAAAAUCCCAUAUUUGCUCCUGUGGCUGAUCUAUUUGCAGCCGACUUUUAAUUUCUGUCAGCAGCAUUCUGAACCUUUGGGGUUUGCAAUAACGGCAGGAGUAUAUAAUGAAGCAGCCAUUUCUUUUUGUUUACGCUGCGUUGUAAUAUUCUUUUUUAAAAGCUACACGUUGGAGCGUUUUAUGGAUAUGAAGCAGUUUUCCAUGUUUAAAAUCUAAAGCUUGCCGAGUUUAUUUCUCCUGCCAUGUUGAAUGAUUCAGUAACGGACUAUUGGCCUGUGAUAAUGUCUUUAUCAUUUAUUUAGCUCGAGAUUUCUGGUGAAGUUGAGAAGCUUGUCAUCAUUGGAAAGAAUUUCCAUUUUGCUAACAUCGUAUGGUUACACUAGUUUGAAGUUUGUUCGGUCUCAA